GUCUUCUGAUCAAAAAGCAAAACAAACUAUUUCUUCUCUCUCUCCAUAACUAAUUUAAGAUUCUCGAAGCUUCUUCUUUAUCUACUGAUAUGGAUGUUAUUGCUAUAACUAUAACUAAAUUAGGGAAGAUCGUUUCAUUUUUGUGUUACAAAACAACAUGGCUGGUUUCUUCUCUCUAAGCAGUGGAAGAGGCAAAGAAGAAGCAAGAGAACAAGAAGAAAAUAACAACAACAGUGGAAAUAAUAAUAAUCAGUUUUUGUUCAGAAACGAAGAGAUCUACAACAAAGGUUUUGAGAUAUGGCCACAACAACAUCAACAAUCUUCUUUUCAUCAUCAUCAACAACAACAUCAACAAAACAUUAACAAUUUUUACUCUUUUGGUGUUGGAAGUUCGAGAAGAAACGACGACAACAACAACAACAACGACAACGUUUCUGUUUCAUUUUCUGAUGAAUCAACAAGAUUUGGUUUAACAGUUAUGAGGUCUUCAAGUGGUGGUUUAGGUGGUGGUGGAAUGAACUGUCAAGAUUGUGGUAACCAAGCUAAGAAAGAUUGUCCACAUCUUAGAUGUAGAACUUGUUGCAAGAGUCGAGGGUUUCAGUGUCAAACUCAUGUGAAAAGUACUUGGGUUCCAGCUGCUAAACGCCGCGAACGGCAGCAACAACUCACGUCGUUGCAGCAACAAAAUCAGCAGCAGCAACAACAGUUUCACUCAUCAAGAAGACACAGAGAAAAUCAAAAUGAUCCUUCUGGAGCUUCUGGUUCUCUAACUUGUACUCCAGUACCUAUCACUACCACAGGGUUGGAGUUGGGAAAUUUUCCACCGGAGCUGAAUUCACCGGCGGUGUUCCGGUGUGUAAAAGUGAGUGCAAUGGAUGCACAAGACGAACGUUAUGCUUAUCAAACUGCUGUUAACAUAGGAGGAAGAGUUUUCAAGGGAAUUUUGUAUGAUCAAGGACUUGAAGGUAGCUACACUAGUCCAAAUGCUGCUGUUGCUGGUGGCGAGGGUUCUACCGGUGGCGGCGGUGGAAGUGGCGGCGAAGGAAAUCAACAAAAUCUCAUAACAACCACAACAACAAAUGUUAACAAUCCAUUUGAGUAUUCUUCACUAUAUCCAGCUCCUCUUAAUGCUUUCAUGGCUGGUACGCAAUUCUUCCCACCUCCAAGAUCCUAAAGAGACGUACCUAUUUCUCUCUAUCUAUAUAUCUAUUUGAAUAAUUAUUUGAGUUUGAGUUGAAACAAACCAUUAAGUAUUUUUUUUAUGGAUCAAUGUUAAUUAAUUUCUAUGUAUAAUCUUAAUUAACAUUAUAUUAUAUGGAUCAGCUCUGAAUUGUAGUA